GCUGAUGUCCGUGGUACACACUGCGGAGGCCUUGGGCGGGUGAGGAGGGGUGGGUGAAAAGCGCGGUCACCCCGAACUUCAAAAAUUCUAAUUCGAAUUCUCGCGGAUGCAAGGCGGCAGGGGUGGAGGAAGGCCAGGCAACGCGUGUGACGUACAAAAGACGGCGCUGGCGAACCAUUCGGCGCAGGUAUCCAUCUCCCGUAUCCACACAAGUUGUGGCCAGCAGGGGCAACUUCCGGCAAGGUGCAUCCUUGCCUCUGCCGUGUGUGCUGUCCUGUGCAAGCGUAGAGCAGCGGGCGCGUCGUCGACUCCGGCGUACGCCAUCUCCUGUUGCAGCGUACGGCAGCGGACGCAUCUACAGGUCCAGCGUGCGUGGUCUCUCUUCGCUUGGUUCAGCAGCGGGCGUGUCUUCGGCGGCUGUGGCAGGCGUCACGCUGUGGGGGCAGAACGAUUCCCAGAGAUGGACGUUCGGGGCAGCGGGCACGGUCUGCGAGAAGAGGAGAUCGACGCGGUGGCGAUGGCGGUUACUGUCGUCGUCGUGAACACAAUGGGCGGCAUGUCGUCGUCCUCAAACGACAUGCUGAUGCAGCUCCGAAAACGAAGAGCGCUGUUGCAGCGCAUUGCCGAAGCGCUGGAUUGUGUGGCCACGUGUGAGGCAGUCGUCCAGUUGUGUGCCGCGCUGUCAUCUGGCGUUUUCCCGCGGCAGACCCCGCGUUGGUGGAUUAAACGAUGGACUGGCAGAACAUGGGAGGAUCUCCGCCUCUGUGAUAACGCGACAGACGAGUACUACCGGCAGAAGUUGCGCAUGUCGAUGGCCAUGUUCAGGAAGAUCGUAGUCGCGUGCGCCGCGUACGUGGAGAAGAAGGUGACGCACUAUAGGAUGCCAUUGCUAGUGGAGCAGGUGAUCGCUUUCGCGUUGUACUACAGGUGGGCGUCAGGAGAGUCGUACGAGAGCGGCACGUCGGCCUUCGGCAUCGGCACGGCAACUGGACUGCAGGCUGUCCACGACGUCACUUCGACGCUGCUGCAAGCGUACCCCGACGCGAUCAAGUGGCCAGUUGGGCGUAGACGUGCGCAGAUUCUGCGUGCAUUCCGUGACAAGGGUUUCCCGAACUGCUUCGGCGCGAUCGAUUGUACACACAUCUACAUUGACAAGCCAGUCGGCGCACCUUCGGACAACUACUACGACCGCAAACAUAAGUUCUCCGUGCAGGCGCAGGUGGUGGUGGAUUUGGAUCUGCGGAUCCUCGACGUCCACAUCGGAUACUCGGGAAGUGUGCACGAUGUCCGUGUCCUGUACAAUUCCCAACUGUGGAGGCGUGCAGAAGCUAGCGAGCUGUUUGAAGGCUUGCACCACUUUGUUGUUGUUGCGGGCGGUUUGCAGCAGGCGCGGCGGGCUUCUGUACUGGAUACACCUUCGCGGCGGGGACGACAUAUAGACGGGUUCGGAUGCGCAGGACUUAAGUAGUCUCUCGUAGAUGGACCUCCCGCGACGUCGCUUCUCUAUGGCGGGAAAUAACAUCGU